CCGAUGAGAUCUGUUACUCCCCGGGGUUCAUCAUACGGACUCCGGAGACUCCAAUAUUAGUAUUAGUGCUAGUAUUAUUAUUAUCAUCAUCAUCAUCAUCAUCUUCUUCUUCUUCUUCUUUUUCUUCAUCAUCAUCUUCAUCUUCAUCUCCUUUCCUCCGCGUUUGGUGCCUCUUCCGGAUGGCUCUAUGAGCCUCUUAUUCUAGCCUUCCCCUUCCCCUUCCCCUUCCCCCUCCCUUCUGUACUCCCUUCUGUACUCCCUUCUCGCCAUGGAGUACAUGCGGCCGGGCCAUUUUUAUGCCCGUCUUCUGGAUCAUUUGCCCUGGAAGUCGGCGGAAUCCACGGUAAGCCCGGAUCCGGAUCCCAGAAAGACAGCCCGAUGGAUCGAUGUAAGUUCCCGAUGGUGAAUCGCUGGACGAGAAGAACGACCAGCAGCCCUAAUCAUGGUCUCCAGGGCCUCAGUGGACUCGCAGCCCUCCUCGUCGUCGUCUCGCAGAUCGUCCAAGCCUGGGACUACAGCCUCCUCUCCCCCGCCGACGAUGAAUGGUCGUCCUCGCAGCUCCUGCAAUGGCCCAUCCUCCGCGUUCCCUGGCAGGGCCGGAUUGGGAUCGCCGUCUUCGCCUUCCAGACCGGCUAUAUGUGCGCGUUGAAACCGAUCCAGUUGUCCCGCACCGAUAGCCCCCUGGCGGUCUUCACGUCCGUGGCAAAGGCCGCCUUUCGCCGGCUGCCGCAGAUCGUCCUCCCGGCGACGAUUGUCCUGGUUCUCUCCUGGGUGGUGGCCCAGUUCGGUGCGUUCACCGUCGCGAGUCGAUCCGAUAGCCUGUGGUGUCGAUCGACAGCGCCCGUCGUGGAGGAUUCGCUCUGGGCGGAGACGGUGCGGUUGGUGCAGAACUUCCUGAGUACCUGGACGACCGGCGUGAUGGAGUACGAUGCCAGUCAGUGGGUGUUGCUGCCGUUGCUCAAGGCGUCGAUCCUGGUGUAUCUGCUGCUAUGUGCGACGGUCUUUGUCAAGCUCCAUUGGCGCGCGUUGAUCUACCUGCUCAUGUUCCUGUACUUCCAUCAGGAUGCGUAUGACUAUACCGAAACAUUCCCCAUGCAAGCCGUGUACGGCUUGUUCCUCGCAGACCUCUCGUACGAGGACUCUUUCGAACCCUCCAUCGAGCGCCAUCCCAUCACCCGCAAAAUCGUCGCAGCCAUCCUCGCCUUCGCCGGCCUCUUCAUCGCCUCCUACCCCGGCGAACAUCCCGAAUGGGCCUCCUGGUCCAACUCGAUGCUCAGCGCAGCCUACUACCUGUUCCCUGCCGACGUCGACAUCCCCCGACGCUACACCGCAUUGGGCCUCGAUCUGGUCAUCCUGGCCAUCUACAUCUCGCCGACGACGCGGAAGAUCCUCUCCCGGGGCCUCUUCACCUGGCUCGGAAAACAGAGUUUCGCCGUCUACCUGCUCCACGGCACUUUGCUCCGCACCGUGCUCUGCUGGAUGCUCUACGGCAUCUCGGGCCAGCCGUGGCACGGCGAGAUCGUCGACGGCAACGGUAACCCCAUCUACGACGAGGAUGGGGAGCCCAUGCACCCGCACUGGAUUGCGCGACGGCCUUCGUGGGUCGUGGCCAUUUGCGUCCCCGUUUGGAUCGCAUUGGUGUAUCUCUCGGCCGCGCUGUGGACGGCAUACAUGGACCCGUUCUGUGGGAUGGUGGUGCGUAAACUGGAAACGGCCAUGUCUGAGCGAGGCGCGAGUGAGAGUGAGAGUGAGAGUGAGGAUAUGGUGCCGGCGAUACAGUUGGAUACCAUGCCUACUAGUCGACAUAAUCCUUAAUUCCAAAGCACGUAGAUAUAUCAUGUAUAAUCAUGGACAUCCUCGGCAUAUACCAUAUCCAUCUGCAUGGUCCUCGAUGAUUGCACGGAUCACUUUUCCUUCCUCGCAUCACUCCCCUUCUUCACCACCCGAUCCCCGCCAAACAAGCCCAGAAGAUACCCCCAUUUAAUCGCAAACGUGAAGACCGGAAAAAGCAACUGCAUCCAAAGCAUAACAUCCCACGUCCUCCACGCAGCCAGCCCCUCCCACCCAAGCACGUAGAAGAACGCAGACCAAUGCGGGAUAUCCGUAAUUGCCGACGCGAGGACGUACCCACGCACAACCUUGGGUUCGGUGGAAUACAGCAUGACGACCACGGUGACCAUGGCAAUCAUGAACAUCAGCACGGCCGAUUGGAGGCCCAGGAGGUGUUCGAGGGGGGUCGGGUUCGGGUUUGUUGUGCCGCGGCCGGCUAGAUGAGGGGGAAGCAUUUGCGGGAUGUUUUGGGGGGAGAGGAUGGGGGAGAGGACGCCACCGAAGAAGCUGUUCGUAUGAUUUGAUUAGGAUUAGUUAUAAUGCUGGGAGGAGUGGUUGGGAUGCAUGACUGACAUGAGGCAUGGUUCUCCGUAGAGGAAGAAGUAGCGCGGGAUCGGGGGCAUUAUGGACGCCAUGGUGUUCUGAGGGGAUGGAGAUCGGAUGGAUCGAGCACGAAGUUCAGGAAUUCAAUGACAGCUGAGACAAUUAGCUGGGAGAAUGGGAGGAUGGGAGGAUGAAGAAGGCAGAGACAGAAUGAUCCUAAAGCAGUACAGACGCUAAAAUCUGACGUCGAAUCAUGACUUGUACGAGUACAAGUCUCUAUCCUAUACAACUAUCUUCUCAAGGCAAUCUGAUGCCAUGUUAGCAGCAUCAAGAGCCUCCAACCGUGCCUAAUUAUCCAGCAAAACUGGUGCUGCAGAGUCCACACUGGUAGGUUCAACGGUUCGAUGAAACCCAUGCUGUUUCAUGCCUGUUUAGCAGUCAAGUUAACGAGCACACGAG